CAAGCUGUUACGGCCCAAAGCUGGGCGAAAAAAAAAGGUCUCCGGCCAUGGCGGCCACAGGCCUGAACUUCCCGUUGGACGCCAAGGGCGAGCGCUCCACCACCGGCCUCAACCAAGGCGCCUUUGCGGCCGCGGUGAAAGCGCACAGCAAGGAAGCCUUCGAGGCGGUGGAGGCGGAGCGGAAGUGGCGCUUCGGCUACGCGCGGCACGUGGUGCGUCAGGCCCAGCUGGCGAGCACAGCGCCCGAAGCAGCGCUGGGCAUUGCCAAGGAUGGCCUCGGCUACCUGCACUCCACCAUGGAGUUCUGCCGCGGCGAGGAGUCGAUGCCUUUGAAGCAGGCGAUGGACAAGUUCAAGGACGGCAGCUUCGAGACCUUCGAGGUGCAGGGCACCGGCGGCAAAGCUGAAGGCCUCGAGGUGCCCUACAAGGGCAAGGUGCUGAGGGGAGAGGAGGUCACCGCGCAAGCGCAUCUCUGGCUCCAGCGAGGCGUCAUCGAGUUGGACACUGCAGCUGCGCUGUGCAAAGUCGCGGAGACGCCCGACUGGACGGAUCUCUCGGACCACACCUUUGUGCUCUUCGGGGCAGGCAGCGCCAUGGGCCCCUUCCCGCUGCUCAUGGCCUUGGGCGCCCACGUGGUGGCCCUGGACCUGCCGCGGCCGCAGAUCUGGGCGCGGCUGCUGAAGGAGGCGAAGGGCGCCAGGGGGAAGCUGACGGCGCCGGUGAAGACCAAGGUGUCUGACCUCGACAAGGCUGCGGAGGGCGCUGGCUGCGACCUCCUGCAGCAGACUCCGGAGGUGCGGAACUGGCUGCGCACGGUGCUCAAGGGGAAGAAGAAGGUGGUGUUGGGCGCCUACUGCUAUGCGGACGGGCCGCUGUUCGUGCGGGUCAGCAUGGCAAUGGAUGCGAUCAUCGCCGACCUGGUGGAACAUCUGGAGGCCAAGCCGGCGGUGGCGUAUCUCUGCACCCCGACGGACGCCCACCUUUGCACGCCCAGCUCCAAGCUGGCGGCCGCCGAGAAUCUGCGCCGCGCGCCCGCGUGGCAGGGCCUGCUGGGCGCGGGCUUGAAGUUCGCGAAGAUGGGUUUGGCGCCCAACCGCGUCAAGGAAGAGGGCGCAUCUCUUCCGGUCUGCGAUGCCAUCGUCAAGGAGCAGGGCCCCAACUACUGCCUGGCCAAGCGCCUGCAGCACUGGCGCGCCGUGCUCUGCCGCGCGGCGGGCUGCGUGGUCAGCUCCAACGUGGCGCCCGCCACGGCCACGGCCUCCGUGGUGAGCAACAAGUCCUUUGCCUUGGCCUACAAAGGAAUGCACCACUUCAAGCCGAUGGAGGUCUUCCAGGGCGAGACCUCCAACGCCGUGAUGCUGGCGCUGCUGGUCAACGACCUCAGGAACCCCCUCAGUGCAGGUCAGCCGAGCACGGCGUUGAAGAACCCCAUGCAACUCUUCAGCGCCACUGCCUUUCACGGGGGCGCCUGGCGCACGGGGUACAAGUUCGGCACCAUCGGCCCGUGUUCGGCGGUGGCGUACAUCGUGGCCUCCAUCAUUGUGCCCUCUUGGCUGGUGCUCUACUCGAGCAUCCAAUUCUUCGCAUGGUCUUGGGCGCUGUUCAUGGUGGCCACUCAAGGAGCGGCUGCCGCCGAGGACACCAUCUCCAUCUUUACGUACCUUCAGCUAUUGGAGGUCCUGCAUGCCGCGCUGGGUAUGGUGCCCUCAAACCCGUUGACCACCGCCAUGCAGAUCAGCUCCCGGGUGGGCCUGGUGCAGAUCGUGGCCUGCGCGAGAAGCGCCAGCAGCUGGGCGGCGAUGCUGCCUUGGAUGACGCUGUUCAUGGUGGCCUGGAGCAUCACGGAGGUGAUCCGGUACCUGUACUACGCCCUGAACACCGCAGGGGUGAACCUGCCGCCUUUGACCUGGCUGCGGUACAGCACCUUUCUGGCGCUGUACCCCCUGGGAGUCGCAGGUGAGCUGGGCGCCGUGUACAGCGCCAUGCCGGAGCUCACCCAAAAGGCUGCCGAAGGGUGUGGGCUACUGCACGCCUGCGCCAUCGUCCCGGCAGCAACGCAGAGAUUGGGCUUUGCAGGCCUCCUGUUGGUCUAUGUGCUGUGCUUCCCAAUGCUCUUUGGCACGAUGCUUGGGCAGCGGCGGAAGGUCCUCAAGCGGUUGAAGGAAGCAAAGUCGAAGAAGGAGUGAGCCCGGAGCUCCGGCUCGAAAGUCGCAACUUUGUAGGGCGGCCGUAGUAAAGGAAACGUAGUCCCGGGUCCCCCCAAUAG